UCCUCUACCUUUGUCAAUUUCAUUGCGCUCGCGUUGAAACGCUCGUUGUGUCCUCGGGCUCGGAGGAAGAAGAAGUUGCCCGUCCUGCUCGGUCGGACGUCAGCGGGGAAACACCGAGAGAGUGACAGAGAAAGAGACAGAUAGAGAGAGAGGGCUAGAGAAGGCUUCGCGUUCCUUCCGUGACCAGAGGAGUACCUGUGCGACUCAAUGGGAAGGCAGUAGUGGGGCUGAAAGGCGGAAGGGAGCGAACCUGUCCGUCACCGGCGCGAGCGGCAACGCUGCAACUGCUCGAGCCAACGUGCGAGACCCCGGACUGUGUCGGGAGCGACCGAGGGAAGGACACACCAACAUCCCCAGAGAUGGUUUACGACCGGCCGGGGCCUUCACAGACACUUCUACUGCUGCUGCUGUGAACUUCUCUGUCCUUAAAGUGUACAGACGAGAGGGGGGCUUAGGGAAAUUUCAGAGUUUGUGGCAGAGACGAAUGAAGACUACAAAUCGCCGACCGCCUCCAACUUCACCACCAGGAUGUCCCACUGCAGGAAUACAGUGGCUGCUCUGGAGGACGCUCUGGAUGUGGACCGCAGUGUUCUGUACAAGAUGAAGAAGUCUGUGAAAGCCAUCUACACGUCUGGUCUGGCCCAUGUGGAGAAUGAGGAGCAGUACACUCAGGCCCUGGAGAAGUUUGGCGAAAACUGUGUGUACAGAGAUGAUCCUGAUCUCGGUUCAGCCUUCCUCAAGUUCUCCGUCUUCACCAAGGAGCUCACUGCGCUUUUCAAAAACCUGUUCCAAAACAUGAACAACAUCAUCACCUUCCCUCUGGACAGCCUGCUGAAAGGAGAUCUGAAGGGAGUCAAAGGGGAUCUAAAAAAGCCCUUCGACAAAGCCUGGAAGGACUACGAAACAAAAGUCACCAAGAUAGAGAAGGAGAAGAAGGAGCACGCGAGGCAGCAUGGGAUGAUCAGGACAGAAAUCAGUGGGGCAGAAAUUGCUGAAGAGAUGGAGAAGGAGAGGAGAUUCUUUCAGUUGCAGAUGUGUGAGUAUCUCCUCAAAGUCAAUGAGAUCAAGAUCAAGAAAGGGGUGGACCUGCUGCAGAAUCUAAUCAAGUACUUCCAUGCACAGUGCAAUUUCUUUCAGGAUGGUCUGAAAGCUGUGGACAACCUAAAGCCUUCCAUCGAGAAACUUGCCACAGAUCUGCACACAAUAAAGCAGGUACAGGACGAGGAGAGGAAGCAGCUGACUCAGCUACGAGACGUCCUCAAGUCAUCGCUACAGGUGGAGCAGAAAGAGGAUUCACAGGUGCGGCAGAGCACCACCUACAGCCUGCACCAGCCUCAGGGCAACAAGGAGCAUGGCACAGAGCGCAGUGGUUACCUCUACAAGAAAAGUGACGGGUUGAGGAAGGUUUGGCAGAAGAGAAAGUGCACGGCGAAGAACGGAUACCUCACCAUCUCACACGGCACAGCUAACCGGCCACCAGCUAAGCUCAACCUGCUCACCUGCCAGGUGAAACACAAUCCUGAAGAGAAGAGGAGCUUUGACCUCAUAUCACACGACAGAACGUAUCACUUUCAGGCCGAGGACGACCAGGACUGUCAGAUCUGGAUCUCGGUACUGCAGAACAGUAAGGAGGAGGCGUUGAAUCAGGCCUUUAAAGGGGACCAGCAUUUUGGUGAGAACAACAUUGUGCAGGAGCUGACCAAGGCAAUCCUCGGAGAGGUGAAGAGGAUGACGGGAAAUGACGUGUGCUGCGACUGCGGAGCGCCCAACCCGACGUGGCUGUCCACCAACCUGGGCAUCCUCACAUGUAUUGAAUGUUCGGGGAUCCACAGGGAGCUGGGCGUCCACUACUCCAGGAUCCAGUCACUGACUCUCGAUGUACUCAGCACCUCAGAGCUCUUGCUGGCCAAGAAUGUGGGGAAUGCAGGCUUUAAUGAAAUCAUGGAGGCUUGUUUAAGCACUGAAAAUGUGGUGAAACCCAACCCAGCCAGUGACAUGCAGGCGAGGAAAGACUUCAUCACGGCCAAAUACACAGAGAAGCGCUUUGCCAGGAAGAAGUGUCCUGACGCAACGUCGCGCCUCCACACGCUGUGUGACGCCGUGAAGGCCCGAGACAUUUUCUCCCUCAUCCAGGUGUAUGCCGAGGGAGUCGACCUCAUGGAGCCCAUACCUCUGAACAACGGACACGAACAAGGGGAGACAGCCCUUCAUCUCGCAGUAAGACUGGUGGAUAGAACAUCUCUUCACAUUGUUGACUUCCUCACUCAGAACAGUUUGAAUUUGGAUAAGCAGACGACCAAAGGCAGCGCAGCGCUGCACUACUGCUGCCUGACGGACAACAGCGAGUGUCUGAAACUGCUGCUGCGGGGGAAAGCCUCCAUAGAGAUCGCUAAUGAGGCCGGGGAGACGCCGCUGGAUAUUGCUCGUAGGCUGAAACACCUACAGUGCGAGGAACUGUUGAACCAAGCACUGGCAGGGAAAUUCAACGCCCAUGUCCACGUUGAGUAUGAAUGGUGUCUGCAGCAUGAAGACUUGGAUGAGAGUGAUGAAGAUCUGGAUGAGAAGCCCAGCCCUCAUCGCAGGGACGAGCGCCCGGUCAGCUGUUACACCCCGAGCAGUAACUCCAAUUUGGGCCCCGGAGGCCUCGGCAAGGACAAACAGCGAGCCUACAUGCCCAGCCUGGUUAACAACGAGACCUACGGCACCAUCCUCAACGCAAGCCCGCCUCAGACCGCCAACACUUCAGCUCCGCCACUGCCCCCAAGAAACCUGGUCCAGUUAUCCAGUCUGGGAGGGAUCAGUCAGUCAUCAGUGUCCAGCAGUUGGAAGCCCGGUUCUUUAGACCUGGCUGGGCGACAGAGGUCGUCCUCAGACCCCCCCAACAUGCACCCUCCUGUCCCUCCGAUAAGACUCACCUCUACUGGAGGCCUGGGUCCUCCUCCACUGGCAAAGAUGGAAGCUUUGAGCAUUCAGUCCAAGUCAGGCCAGGGACAACUGGGGUCCAGAGCGGGGCCACCCAAAUCUCCUGCAGGCAAUGAUAAAAGCUUCAACAGAGGACCUCUAAAUCGAACACAGUCCAUCGAAAGACCAGCCAAGGAAGUGCCAGGAUGCCCCCAGAACUCCAUAGGUCAGUCUCUGCCUCCAGCCCCCAUGCCGAGGAAGGCCUACCCAAAGCAGAGGCCGAAACGAGUGAAAGCCAUCUACAACUGUGUCGCUGACAACCCGGACGAGCUGACGUUCUCCGAGGGCGAGGUGAUCGUGGUGGAUGGCGAGGAGGACCAGGAGUGGUGGCUGGGCCACAUCGAAGGCGAGCCGAUGAGAAGAGGAGCCUUCCCUGUCACGUUUGUCCACUUCAUCGCUGACUGAAAGGUCACUCAGGAAGUGCAUCAGGACGCAGCGUCCCACCUUCGCCCGCGUCUGUCGGCCAGAAGAAUCCCCCCACCAUCGCCCGGCUGUUUUGUUUGUCGACCUCAUCGGUGCGCUCGAGGAAGCGUCGCUGAUCAUCACUUUAGCUGCAAAAAAAAAUGGUGUGCUCGUUGUCACGGCAACCACGGAACACUUGUCUAGGUGUCACUGAGAAUUCUUGGGACUGUGUGAUUUUAAUGCUUGCUGUUCAUGUUUCUGACACAGACUCUUUCAAAUUAAAAAAACAAACGAUGAUUGUAGUGAAUGGCCUCUUGCAAUAAAUGCACUUUCCUUGUCUUCAUCCUCAUUGCAACACAAGACGACGCGACAUAAUGAAGGUCGUGUGUACACAGUAUUCUUUUCUCCUGUUUCCUGUGAUAGUACUGCGAGACUACAGCAAUGUAUUUUGACUCUGAGAGGGAACAUGGACGACAUGCUUACAUUCCACCUCUGUCCAUGAGCGACUUGUAGCAGCCCAUCUGCUUCUAGGUGCAACUGUGUUGUAGCCCUCCUGUGUGGAGGUUUGUUCUAAUGGUGCUAAAUUAACCCCAGAAUAUCCUAGAAGCUUCACCCACGGGAGCAAAUCCCUGUCCCUGUUUCAAAGACGUGUGUGUGUGUGUGUGUGUGUGUGUGUGUGUGUGUGUGUGUGUGUGUGUGUGUGUGUGUGUGUGUGUGUGUGUGUGUGUGUGUGUGUGUGUGUGUGUGUGUGUGUGUGUGUGUGUGUGUGUGUGUGUGUGUGUGUGUGUGUGUGUGUGUGUGUGUGUGUGUGUGUGUGUGUGUGUGUGUGUGUGUGUGUGUGUGAGAAAACAGAGCUGCAAACGACUUCUGCGUCAGACGUCUUCCACAAAAGCUUUCUCUCCCUUCUGCCUGUGCUAUUUUUAGGGUCACGUCCAACAGCAUCACUCCAGCUCUUGCUCACCCUGUGCUGCUUUAGGUCAAAUAAUGACACUGGCUGGAGCUACAGCCUCCUGUAAUUACCUUUAUGUCGUGACUGACGCCCCAGGCUGUCUUCACCUGUCAUUUGCCUUAGUAGACGAAUAGGACUUGUGUGUGUGCGUGUGCAUGUCCCGUCUGCAUAGAAUAAGCUGAGAAUGACGGAAUAUCGAGGAAAGGGGACAUUAAAAAAACAUGUUAAAGUGAUGAAAAGCUGGAGUUAGCUGUGACUUGUGUUGCUUCCUCUUGCUGUUUAGAGCACCACACUGACGGGCUGAUUAUUUUUCUUUUGUCUAUUCACAAAUGAGCUAAAUUAAGUAAGGAGAGAAAAUAAUGUCCUUCGUACAGCUUCAACCUCUCAUAUAUGUACAUUUCUGGGGCUAAAUGGUGUAGAAAGAUGAGUUUGUCUAUAGUGUUAUGAAAUCAUACGAUGUAACUAACUUCAUGUGGUUGCAGAGCAACUUUCCUUCUGUUCAUAAUGUUGAUAUUGAGGCAUUUAACCUGAACCCAGAGCCUUCCAUGGUUUUGUGAAUGACGAGAAGAGAAGCAUGUGAAUCACAGCUGAUACUCUCUCUCUCUUCAUCCGUGUUUAAGAUGAACUCACUGGAAACAGGAAGAUUUAUUAACCUAUUCAUGUAAAUACAGUUAGUUUUGUUUUGUUCAUAUUUAAAUGUACAAAAAAAGGAAGAGCAGAGUUAGUCUGGGCAGUUAAUGUCUUUUAAUGUACUGUGGUGAUGAGCAGUUACAGACGCGACCUCAGCUGGAUCUGUGAUAACACUACUGUGUAAACACACUCAUUCUCAUUAACUGUCUGCGAAUCACUGCAUCGACUCUUAACUCUAUUGUGCAAGAAAAUGGGGAAAAUGAAACUGGAAUAAUAAAAUAUGAAAUAAUACAA